CCCAGUUUGAAGAUCGCCGAUCCCAUCUGUACCUUUCUGUUUUCCGUUCUCGUCUUGCUCACCACCAUCAAUAUUCUUCGUGAUGCCAUGAAUGUGCUAAUGGAGGGCACCCCACGAGGCUUAGAGUUCAACGAGGUAAGAGCCUCGCUUUAUAGCCUAGAUGGAGUCGUCGAGGUGCACAAUUUACGCAUCUGGAGCUUAACCAUGAACAAGACUGCCAUUUCAGUGCACCUAGCAGUUGGUGAGCUAGUAUUACUUAUACAUAUGGACAUAAACAGAUUUGCCUCUUAUUUCACUUGGUUUUCUUUUGGAGGUAGGGACUUGCCAGUCCAAUUACAAAGGUCACUUCGGUUUGUUCUCAAUAAUGAAAUAUCUACUUAG